GGGGGGCGCUGUGGGCCCGCGCGGUCACGUGCCCGCAAUGGCGCAGCGGUUCCGGGUCCUGCGGUGCUGCCGCUGCCGCCGCUUCCAAGUGCACCCGGUCAAGCGCGGCGGGAAGUGGAGCUGCAGCGUGUGCGGGCAGUCGCAGGCCGUGCAGAAGGUUUACGGGCAGGGCUCCGGCCCGGACUGCAGGCACCACGUCCAGAAGUUAAACUUGCUGCAGGGAGAGGCAGAGGAAGCGCUUGGCUGGACAUCUUGGUGCGUAGAAGACUCUGUAAAUGACAGCAAAAACAGAGCAGCACAACGUGAGGACAGUUCAGUCCAGCAGGAGGGAAGUCAGACGUUAGAAGGGAGUCGCUGGAGUAAAUAUCUGGACCAGGAGAGUGAGGAUCAGGAAGACGGGGAGGAGGAGGCAGCUCUAGCAAGGCAACAGUUCUGUUCCCAGAGGAAGAACACUGUGGGAGAACAAAGGAAACAUCGGAAGAGCUUCCUCUCCGGUGAUGUUCCAGAGCAUGCAGAAGAAAAUGGAGUUUUCCAGCCUGUCUACCAAGCCAAAAAGGUUAAAACCACUGAGCACAAGAAAUGCUUUGCAGCAGUGCCUGAUGGGGAUGGCAGAGAUGGUGUUUCUGGAGGCAGCGUGGUUCCUGCUGUCUGUGAGGCUGCAGUGCCUGAGGACAACACACAACCCCCAAGGACCUGUGCCAGACCAUCAAAGUGGGGGAAAUUUCUCUCAUCUUCUGACAACUCCAGUGAAAACACUGCUGGGGUGACCUUGUCACUGUGGGGGAGCAGUGGAGGUUUGGGGCUGGACAGCACCACUGCAGCAGGUGCUAGUGGGGCCAGGAGAUGCUCAGAACAGGCUGGAGGAACUCAGCCUCAAGGUACAGGUUUUAAAUUUAAAAAGUGUGGUGCCAGCACUGAGGGUCUGGCUAUGAAAUUGCCCAGCACCAGAUGCUCAGCUGAGGAUGUGUCCAAAGAACCUCAGAGUCAGAUAGAAACUACUGCAGGAAGGUGCUGUUUGGAUAACACCAGCAGGGCAAAUACCCUUGUUAACUCUAACCCCGGGCCAAAGCUGAGCAACAUUUCUUGUGAAAAACUCUUUUGCACAGGUGAGGAGUUUGAUGAUGAUCUCUGAGAAGUUCAGACAUCUUUGGCAUUGCUUUCUUGUCUCUAUAAUGUAUGUCAAGCACUGAGGCACAAUUUUUAACUGAAGGUGGCUUCACUCUAAGCCACUAUUAGAACUACACUAUUAAAGUUGUUUACUUGC